AUGGGAGAUCGACCACUAAACAUCGAUGACAUUGGCUUCGAUGGCAAUCACUCGAUGAUUGGAACGAGCUAUCGGUGGCAUGGACCGUUACGGAUCGAUGUAGAAGAGCCGUUUAUGACCAAUAAAGAGGAAGAUAAUCGAUUAGAGUUUAUAAACAAAGAAAGAGAGCUCGGACGACGAUCCUUGGAAAGAGAGUGGCUAUCCGGAAUUCAAGCUUAA